ACAGCACGCUGACUUACUUGAUGCCGAAGGGAAACACGACCGCUGUGCUGUGGUAGAUAUCAACCAAGUCGUGUCCUUGUGUCCACUGUCCAGCAGUCACGCAGCGGCGGUACCGCAGGAGGUUCCGUGUCCCCCACUCUGUGAGUUUCUGUCCUCGGACACCAAGAAGCGUGCUGUGCCCCUUGUAGCCCUCCUGUUCUUGGGACAGCGUGAGAGUCGCCUGCACGUGGAGCGGCUUUCUCCUUGGAUGACCUCCAUGCCGCGGGCAAAGCACCUUGCCGCGGGUUCGAAGGUGCAGCAGAGUCCGUGUUAACCGUCCCUCGGCACUUGGGGCCGACUUGCGGAGCUGCUGACCCGAGUUGCGUCUCCACUGCACCCACAAUCAAGAGAAGCGGGGAAGAGGUUAAAGUUUGAGUGGACACUCGACACGGGUGUCGUCCCAUGAUGUACACCAUCACCAGAGGUCCCAGCAAACUCGUUACACAACGGAGGACGGCAGGCCCCACGCAACAGAUUGAGAAUAAAUUCGCCGAUCUGAAGCUCAAGCCGACGACGUGGCUCACGUCAAACACUCCGCCUCCAAAGAUCGUGUUCAACCGCCUCAAUGGAAAGCGUCACCACGUUGCAUCUGUGCAGAAGGUGGACAACCCAACAGAGGGAUUCACUCCUGCACACGAGGAGAAUGUCAAAUUUGUAUCUGAAGCAUGGCGGGAGGUGGAGCAAAAGCUGGGAGAAGGUGACAACGGGGAGUCAGUGGACAGCCAGGGACCUGUUCAGUACACAGAGAAGAAUCCCAAUGUUGUCGUGAAGAAUUUUGUUCCCAUUGACCUGGAGGAGUGGUGGGCUCAGCGCUUCCUUGCAAAUAUUGGAGACCUGUCAUGAUUGUUUGGAGGAUUUGAAACACAACGGGAUACAAUUCGCCCAUGCCCCAUCAGCGAAGGGGUCGAUGGGAGAGUCCCGUCUGGCUUCAGGAUGCUGCGUGUGAAGCGUUGGCUGCCAUUUGGCGCUCGAUCCGAAAGCUGAAGCUUCACGCUGCUUUAAGAACUGAGUGCACCUAACAGUCGUGAUUUAAUGUGUAGCUGCGAAAAAGGCCACACUCUACUUGAAUGACACAUUUGAUAGAAGCUUUUCUUCUUCAAGAGCUUCCAUCGUUUCUCAAGUGUGCUCUGCUUUAUGGAGCGACUGGCUCAACUUUGGAAAUAUACUGAAGAGCACAAGUAAAAUGUUUUUCAAAACA